GCACUGAGCAGCUUUAGUUAACCCCUGCCUUCCUCCAGUGCAGCCGGUCUGUUUAGUAUUAGCCGUUAGCUAGUAGCGUUAGUGCUGGAGGAGACUAGAUGGGAGCUGUCGAGACGCAGCUCCACUGACGGCACACAGAGAACGAACGCUGCACUGCUGCCGCUACUACACACUACUACUGCUGAUGGGGGAUCAGCUCCCUCCCUCCCUCUUUCUCUAACGCUACCUGACUCCCUCCCUCCCUUCUCCUUCUGUCUCUCUCUCUGUGCUGAGGGCAGCUCGUCCCGGGGCACUGACUGACUGCAUUUGUUUCUCUGCAUCACCUUGCAGUCAGUUGCCUGCCUGCGGGUCGGACCUUAGCACUUCUCUCUUUGCAGCUCUCUCUCUCUCUUUCUCUCUCUAUCCCUCUCUUCUUCUAUCUAUCCCCUGUACCUACCUUGUCUUGCAAGAAUGUAUCGGAACGCAAACCCGUGGAUCUCAAACUACCUGAGCCAUGUCAAGUUCUGCAGCCAAGAACUUGGGAGUGAGACCCCCAUCAAACUUGGGAGCGCAAGACUUCUACAGAAGAGGGCUCUCAGCUUCCAGAAAGAGUUUUCGUCCGAAGGGAAGGACGACCCAGCCAAGAACACCAAGGAUAUAGAUGUCAAGCUCUUGGCAAACCUCCCCAAAGUUUCAGAAUUGAGGAAGCGUUUUGAAAGCAUCAGCCCAAGCACUAGCUGUGACUGGGAAAUGAACAGGAAGGAGAGGAUUGCCCGGCGGUUGGAGGGUAUAGAAAGUGAGGUGCAGCCUGCCAUAUUACCCAGCUGCCCCGGCCUGGUGACCAAUCGGCUGCUAGAGGAAGACACACCCCGUUACACACGCUCCUCGGACACCUGUGACCCCUGUGUCGUUACAGUGCAGCGUUACAGUAAGGAGGACAUGGAGAGUCCAGAGAUGAUGACCCAUCAGCAGGUCACUGCUCCAGAGAGGCAGUCCAGAGCCCGGAGCCGGCCUGAGGGCCAGACCAUCCCAACUGAACCCAUUUACAGCUCUGACUCCGCAGGUACCGACCUGGACUCCAAGGCCGAUCGGAUAGCCCGCUACAAGGCGGAACGGCGUCGGCAGCUGGCCGAGCGCUACGGUAUGUCUCUGGACCAGGAACCAGACGCCACCACCGAUCACUUCUCCUCCCGAUCUGGCUCUGCCCGUGGUCGCAAGGAGUCUGACACCUCUUCGGUGAGGCAACAGGGCUACACAAACGUCAAGCCACGCCCCAGGGCGGAGUCUGUCGGGGAUGAACCCUCCUACACUUCAGGCAGCUCCAGGGUGGGGAGACUGGCACUCCAGCCACAAGGCUACGGUGAGCCUGGCCAGGGGAGACCCAGGGUGGACUCGUUCACGGAGAGGGAGAGGGUGAUGAACCUGGAGAACCAGCGCAGGGCAGGGCAGCAGGAGAGGAACAUCAACGCCCUCGAGCCGCCGCUCCCCUCUUCCGCCACCUACAUGGAUGUGACGUCAUCAUCGCCCACCUCAGCCAAGGUGCCCGUUGCUAAUGACCACACCAUCACAGGGGUGCCCCCCAGCUCGCCCAAGAUGACCCGGAAGUCCUCACUGCCCUCCCCCAAACAGGGGGUGUCCCCUGAGGGCCUGUUCAUAGAGCAACAGGCCCACAACAUCCUCGGCAGACAGGGAAUCCGAGUUAGGGAGAGGCUCGUCAGGGAGGAGGGAAUCCGACAGAGUCCAGAGCUGGGCCACCAUGUCGCUGAGGCCCCCCUGUACAGGAGACACCCCCAACCCAAGACCCAGGCCACCACCUGCCCCACAGCCUACCACCAGGCUCCAGCCUACACCACCACCAACCCUCCAGGCCCCCAGCCAGCCUACUCUCACCCCCAGCCUCAACUCACCCGUUCUGGGCUGAGUGAUGACCCCAGCUAUCUGUCCAUGACCACUGGCCCCGGUCCCAGGGCACAGCAGCCACAACAGCCUCAGCCAGAGGAGGAAGAGGAGAUGGAGGGAGAGGUGGAUGAGGAGAGGGGAGCCCAUAGGGAGGGUAGACAGGAGGUGAGGACUGAGGUACUACUGAAGAGCAGGAAAGCUGUGCUGCCAUCAGAGAUCAGACGCAGGGAGAAGAGCACAGAGGACCCGCGUGGCAGCGGCCCCAGCAGGGGCAGCAGGGGAGAGGAGGAGCAGGCUGGCUACAGCAGGGCCCGAGAAGGCCAGGGAGUGGGACACGGGAGGAAGGCUGAGCCGGAGGAGCCCAGAGGAGGUUACAUGGGGGGAGGAGGGAGAACCAGGAUGCGACUGGAGGAACCGGACACAGACCCUGAACCAAUCAGACCUACAGGGGAACACGUGUCCCGUCUGCUGGCCGCAGAUAAUAGAGCAGAGGUCAGAGCCUCAGAGGAGCACCAACAACCGUGGAAUGACAACGCCAUUUACAUCCAGAGAGGGGUGGCCCCUGCCGCCACUCACAUCCAGACCAGGGGAGGAGCCAUGACCACUGACGCUCCCGUCUCCUCCAGCUGCUCCACGUCCGACACUGGGGCCCCUAGAGGGUCCAUCCCGAAGACCCAAGGGCCAGGGCGGGUCAGAGAGGCAGCAGUCCUGCAACAAUGGGCUAGUGAGGAUGGGAUCAGUAAUGGAGACCAGAGCCCACCAGAGACCAGGGAUGCUCGUGUCUCUGUGGCCAAGCUUCGCCACUCCUACCUGGAGAGUGCUACGACUGCUACUGCCCCAGUCAUCAGGAAACCGAAGCUGGAGGAAGAGGUAGACUGGGUGUACCCGGGGGGUACGGGGGUCCCCUGGAGAGGGCAGCAAGACAGUACGGAUGUCCCGUGGAGGGGGGACAGGGGGCGCAGGCCCAGACUCUACAUCUCACCUGGAGAGGGUAGAAAGACCUCGGAGAGAUUUAGGACCCAGCCCAUCACCUCCGCUGAGAGACAGCUGUCUGAUAGGUCUUGUUUGGGCCCAGAUCUACCCAGCACUGAAGCGGAUGAAGAGAAGUUGGAUGAGCGGGCCAAGCUGAGUGUUGCAGCCAAGCGGUCUCUCUUCAGGGAGUUGGAGAGGAACACUGACGGGGGCGCCCCCAAACCCCAGUCCCGGAACGCGGCCAUCGAGAGGCGACUGAGACGCAUCCAGGACCGCUCCCGUACCCAGCCAGUCACCACUGAGGAGGUGGUCAUCGCUGCCACUGUCCCGGCUCAAACUGUGUCUGUCGACACGGCCCUAGCACGCAUCCCUAGCCACACACUAGUCAGCUGCACUGUGACACCGUACAGCCUGCAGGCGUCCUCACAGCGAAGCGCUGCGGCCAAGGAGCAGGCCAGGGAGGCACGACGGGUCCAGGAUGCCCUGGAGGUCCAGAGGGAGGGGCAGCGCACCACCGCCAAGCUCCUCCAGACCUCCUCCUCUCUCCCCGAGGAGUCCCAGGCCCAUCACCAUCAGGUCCAGGGGGACGCAGAGCCGGAUCUGUCCACGCUCAGCCUGGCAGAGAAGAUGGCUCUGUUCAACAGGCUGGCCCAGCCUGCUACCAGGGUGACCCGGACCAGGCCUGAUACCAGGGGGCGCAGGGCCAACGCCCGCUACCAGACCCAGCCCAUAACCCUGGGAGACAUGGAGCAGGACCCGUCAGACACAGACCCUUGUGAUGAACAGGAGCUGUGUGAUGAGGGCCCAGUAGAAGUCCCUCAGGGCCAGUGUGACAUCGCACAUAUCCAAGCCGGGACCAGGUUCGACCAGCUCUCCUCGUCAGCGCUCAGACCUGGGGCCACGGUCUCCACAGACCACGCAGGGGACAUCCACCUGGCCGGGGGAAGCCCCGCCGAGGCCGCUCUCGCUGCACCCAACCCUGGGUACUACGAGAGGUCCAUCCCCCGGCACACCAGUCCUCCCACCCAGAUCACAGAACCCUCCAGUGCAGUCUGGAAGUCUGUGCCCGGUCCCCACCACCAGGCCUCUCUGGAUCUCCAGAGCCACCAGGCUGACACGACCACAGUCCUCCCCCAAGGAGAGGAGAGCGGUCUGGGAGGAGGGAAGAGGAAGCUGCCCUCUCCAGAGGAAGUUGUCCGACAGGCCCCCCUGCCCCAGCCUCCGGCCUGUUCUGGGGGGACAGAGUGGGAGGAGGUGCAGCGUGUAGCCAGGAGAGGUGAGGGUGUGGAGCUCCAGCACUCGUUGAUGCGAUCAGAGAGCCAGGACCAGAGACCGCACCAGGAGCAGAGGGGCUAUCUAAGACAGUUAUCACAAGAACUCCAGGACACAGACAGACACAGGUCAAAGGUCAUCAGCACUGGGCUGCCGGAGCCCAGUGUGUCAUCGCCAAGUGCAGCAGUAGCAGCAGGGCUGCUAAGGAGUGCAUCUCUCGCUCCACACACACUGCUGCCUCAGGAGCUGGGCGGAGUGGGCACACACACGGACCACAGCAGUGAUCUGGGACACACGCUCAGCCUGGUCCAGUCGGAGCAGGAGGACAUGGAGCUCUCAGAAGCCAUGUCAGCUAGACAGAUGUCCAUCAAAGACAGGCUGGCCCUAUUGAAGAAGAGUGGCGAGGAGGACUGGCGGAACAGGAUUAAUAAGAAGCAGGACGUGGUGAAGGUGGCCGUGUCAGAAUGCCACGCUCAGCUAUGGGAGGUGGAGCAGAGCUUCAAGAAGAAGGAGGAAGGGAUGAUGAUCGAUGAGUUGGCUGUGUCUGAUCAGCUCUGGGAGCCUGUCUUUUCCACUGCUUUCUCUCCUCCUCCUGAUCUCCCUGACGGUGAUCUAAGUCAGUGUGUCGAUCAGUACAGCCAGGCUACCAGCCCCCCCACGUCCAGCAUCUUCAGCCCCCCCACGUCCAGCAUCUUCAACCCCCCCACGUCCACAGUGGCCAGUCCCUCUAUGGCUAGGGAUGAGAGGCACCCCUGGAGACGGAAGCAGAGGAUGGGAGGAGCAGAGGAGACUACGCAGACCCAGAGCCGGCGUAUAGAGAUGUCUAUCCAGGAGAGGAAGCAGCUGAUCGUGGCCCGAGAGGAGGCCUGGAAGUCCAAGGGCCUCGGGGCUGCCAACGACUCCACGCAGUUCACCGUGGCCGCACGCAUGGUCAAGAAAGGUCUGGCUUCUCCUUCAGCUCUCAUCAACAGCCCUGUCAUGUCUCUGCUCUCCAAACCCAAGAACACCACUCCUGCCAUCUCCAAGCCUCUGGAAGAGAUUGAGGCAAAACCGGACAUGAACCUGGAGUCAGACAGGAAGUUGGAUAAGCUGGAGUCUUUCCUGGGCAGGUUGAACAGUAAAGUGGGCGGCCUGCAGGAGUCUACCAUCAUGGUGACGGAGAAGACGGUCAAAGAGGUCAUGAACUUGGAUGAUGAGAUGUUCGAUAAGUUCUACAGCCACGUGGCCGAGAUUCCCCUGAACAUGAACAGUAUGGUGGACAUCAACGAUGACUUUGACGACAUCUUCGGUGGUACACAGAUGCCCAAGCUGAUCUCAGCCAUGGUGCAGCACAAGCGGUCCGUGCGUCCGGUGCGCAACGUCCAGUCGUCCAGGAACCCUCUGAAGAUGCUGGCGGCCAGAGACGACAUCAGACACGAGUACACUGAGCAGAGACUCAACAUCGGCCUGCUGGAGAGCAAACGGAUGAAGGAAGAGAAGAUGAAUAAGAACAGUGGAUUCUCAGAAGUGGCUCUGGCUGGGCUGGCCAGUAAAGAGAAUUUCAGCAGCGUUAACCUGCGGAGCGUCAACAUCUCCGAACAGAUGUCCAACAACAGCGCCGUGCCCUACAAGAAACUCAUGCUCAUGCAGGUCAAAGGCCGACGGCACGUCCAGACCAGACUAGUGGAGCCCAGAGCGUCCUCUCUGAACAGCGGGGAUUGCUUUCUGCUCAUCACUUCUCAUCACUGCUUUGUCUGGACCGGAGAGUUCGCCAACGUUAUCGAGAAGGCCAAGGCUGCUGAGUUGGCCCAGUUCAUUCAGACAAAGAGAGAUCUGGGUUGCCGUGCCAACUACGUAGAGCUGAUCGAGGAGGGGAUCAACACACACAGCUACGCUGCCAAGGAGUUUUGGAAGAUUUUGGGCGGACAGGCCAGCUACCAGUCCGCGGGGACACCAGACGAGGAUGAGCUGUAUGAGAGCGCCAUCGUAGAAACCAACUGCAUCUACCGCCUAGUGGAUGACAAACUGGUCCCCGAUGACGACUUCUGGGGGAAGGUUCCCCGAUGCACCAUGCUCAGCCCCAAACAGGUGUUGGUGUUUGACUUUGGCAGUGAGGUGUACGUCUGGCACGGUAAGGAGGUGACUCUGGUCCAAAGGAAAGUAGCCUUCCAGCUAGCUAAACACCUGUGGAACGGAACCUUCGACUACACCUGCUGUGACGUCAACCCCCUGGACCCAGGAGAGUGCAACUCACGCAUACCCAGGAAAGGCCAGGGCCGUCCAGACUGGGCUGUAUUUGGGAGGUUGACGCAACACAAUGAGACAACCCUGUUCAAGGAGAAAUUCCUGGACUGGACAGACUCCAAGAAGAAAGGCACAACCAAGAACGUCCACGAGCACCUCAACGAACACAACAAGGAGCAGCAGAGCUCGGAACAGAAUACGACGCGGUCCUACGACGCGUCCCUGAUGCUGCCGUUACUCCAGACCCCGGUGCGCACGGUGUUGGAUGGGGUGGACGUGGGCCGGGGCUACGGCCCUGUGGCGGGGGACGACCACAGGCACUUUGAGAUCAGUACCACCGCUGUGGACGUAUGGCACAUCCUGGAGUUCGAUUACAGCCGGCUGCCCAAGCAGAGCAUCGGACAGUUCCAUGAGGGAGACACUUACGUGGUGAAAUGGAAGUACAUGGUGAGCACCGCAGUUGGGAAGAGACAUAAUCCGGACGCGGUGAGGAGUGCAGGAGCUGGGAAGGAGAAGUGUUCCUAUUUCUUCUGGCAGGGGCGGAAUUCUACCGUCAACGAGAAGGGAACGUCCGCCCUGAUGACUGUAGAACUGGACGAGGAGAGAGGAGCACAGGUCCAGGUGCAGCAGGGGAAGGAGCCUCCAUGUUUCCUGCAGUGCUUUAAUGGAGGGAUGGUGAUCCAUGCAGGGAAGAGAGAAGAGGAGGAGGAGAACUCUCAGAAUGACUGGCGGUUGUACUGUGUGCGUGGUGAGGUCCCUGUGGAGGGCCACCUGCUGGAGGUAGCGUGUCACUGCAGCAGCCUGCGCUCCCGGACCUCUAUGGUACUGCUCAGCGUCUCCAAGGCAACCAUGUACUUGUGGCACGGCUGCAAGGCUCAGCACCAUACCCGCGACGUGGGGAGCACCACCGCCAACAAGAUCAAAGAGCAGUGUCCGUUGGAGGCGGGGCUCCACAGCAGCAGUAAGGUGACCAUCCAUGAGUGUGACGAGGGGGCGGAGCCUACGGGAUUCUGGGAGGCUCUGGGGAGGAGAGAUAGGAAGGCCUACGACUGCAUGAUACAAGAUCCAGGGAAGUUCAACUUCACCCCUCGUCUCUACCAGCUGAGCAGCACGUCUGGAGAGUUUGUUGCCGUGGAGUUCUUCUACCCAGCCAGAGUAACAGAGGCGGUCAACUCACUGCCCUUUCUACAGGAGGACCUCUACAGUGCCUCACAACCAGGCCUGUUCCUGGUAGACAACCACCACGAGGUGUACCUGUGGCAGGGCUGGUGGCCCCAGGAUGGCGAGAGCCCCGGCUCUGCUCGUAUCCGCUGGGACGCAGACAGGAAGUGUGCCAUGGAGACGGUGCUGCAGUACUGCACAGAGAAGAAUGAAAAGAAGCCUCCCAAGUCAUAUCUGAUCCAUGCGGGACUUGAACCUCUAACCUUCACUAACAUGUUCCCCUGCUGGGAACACAGAGAGGACAUCGCUGAGAUCACUGAAAGGGAGGCGGAGGUGUGUCACCAAAUCAUCCUGGUAGAGGACGUGUUGGCACGGCUGUGUAAGACCACUUACCCCCUGGCAGACCUGCUUGCACGGCCCCUACCCGAGGGAGUGGACCCCCUACGCCUGGAGAUCUACCUAGACAAUGAUGACUUUGAGGGUGUAGGGGCUUAUGGGAAGAAAGGGCUGGAGAUGUCAAGGGAUGAGUACGAGGUGUUGCCAGGCUGGAAGCAGGUGAACGUGAAGAAAGCCAAAGGAUUGUUUUAGUACGUUGGACAGAACGCUUGACCACCGGAAGACAUCAUCAGUCAGCGACGGUCGGUCACUGAGGUGCAUCGUGGUCCGAUUGGAACGAGGACCCGCCACUGAGAACUCUUUAGUUUGACCAAGAACGCCUUCGCUUCUGGACAGGAGAGGGCUCGGAAACAGGCUCUUCCGAGUACCCCUCCCCACGAUGGAGGGAUAUAGGGAGGAAGGAGGAGAGAUGCAGUGGUGGAGGGAGUGAAGGAUCAGCAGAGGUGUGCAAGCCUCUUGUAGUGUUUUCUUCUUUACUUUUUAUUUCUGGUUCCCAUUUUUGGUUUGUUAUUGUAAUUAUAAAUGGAGAUAGUUCAGAGGUGUGAGUGAAUGAACUCUUGAGCGGAUGAUUAUGUAAUGUGUCAGCACCCGGCUUCUUAAAUCCACACAGUUUGUGUGUGUGUGUGACCAGUAUCAACCAUACAGGGUCUGUCAGUUCUUCUGGAAGCAGGAAAACCACUCUGUUCGACACUCCAACCAGACUCUUUCCUGUAAGCUGUUCUUUUGUGUGUUUGUCUUUCCAAAAAUAAUUUAUAUUUAUAUUGACAUAUAUAAUAGGAAUAAAAAGCCUUUUGAGUAUUCAGUUGGUGAGCUAAGAAAUUUAAUAAAUGGUAUUGCUAUUCAUGUUGAGGUUGUCAUAUGUUAAGUAUAGUGCUCCUUUCCCCAGAGACUGUACAUGUCGCCAUUUUAUUGAAGAAAUCCUGUAUCUAGUGCAUUCUGAUGUAUCUGUUAUUAUUGCUAUGAUGAUGUCCUGCAUCGGUCAGGUGCUCAGAUUGAAGAGAAGUGUUAUAUUUUACGGGCAUGAAUUUACAGAAAUAAAAAGAGGGAAAGGAGAAGGAUCUUUCUAUAUUAAUUCAACAUUGUAUAGUGCCUUGCUUUUAUGUACAGUUUAUAUACAGGGAGAUAGUAGUCUGUGUUUUAAGGACUCUCUUUGUGAUAUAAAGUAUAUUAGUGAAAUAAACACUUAAAGUAUAUCUGA